CCCUGAAUUUUGAGAUAACAAUGUCCUUCAUUCAGAAAAGCACUGAAGCUUUUUAGUUUCUCUAGCUGAAGGCUUCAGCUUCCGCUGCACAGACCUGUAGAUAUCACGGACGCUCAGAAGUCACGUUGUUUAUCCUGACGUCACGGUUUCCACGACAACGGAACCUGACAGCUGUUCCCCACUUCGAGAGGAAUCGUUAUAAAGAUUUUAAUCCACUCAGCGUAAGACGGGACAAAACACCACAGCACCUGAGACAAACAUGGGCUUGUUGUCCAUUCUUCGUCGGAUGAAACAGUCUCCAGAGCAGGAAGUGCGCUUACUGUUGCUUGGCUUGGACAAUGCUGGAAAGACUACUCUGCUGAAACAGCUCGCUGCUGAAGAUAUCAGCCACAUCACCCCCACACAAGGUUUCAAUAUAAAGAGCGUUCAGUCUUCUGGUUUCAAGUUAAACGUUUGGGACAUUGGUGGUCAGCGCAAGAUUCGCCCCUACUGGAGGAAUUACUUCGAGAACACAGAUGUACUGAUCUAUGUGAUUGACAGCUCAGACAAGAAAAGAUUUGAAGAGACAAGUAUGGAGCUGGCUGAGCUGCUGGAGGAGGAUGCGCUCGCUGGUGUGCCACUGCUAAUCUUUGCUAACAAGCAGGACCUGAUGACAGCCACCCCGGCGUCUGAGCUGGCAGAGAGUCUCAAUCUGCACACCAUCCGGGAUCGCAUGUGGCAGGUCCAGGCGUGUUCGGCAAUCACAGCAGAGGGAGUACAGGAUGGCAUGACCUGGGUUUGCCGGAAUAUUUCUUUCAGGAAAAAAUGACUAUGGAAGGAAUAAUCUUGAAGAAUCGC